AUGGGCGACAACGUCACGAACACAGGCGGCCCGGCCGCCAACGGCCAAUGGCCGCCGCCUCGGGGAGCCAGGCGAAGUAAACUCCGCAAUGGCACGUUCAUCAUUCCCUCCACCGGCGAACGCUCCCGACGCCAGUUUACGCUCCGAAACGGCAUCGCGUCCUCCUCCUCUCCUCGACCCGGAAACAUGUCCUCUCCCGGGUCCCUGCUUGGCGACGACGAGAACGACCUCUCCUUCUUUUCCGCGCCCGGUUUCAUUGCUCGCUUCGAGGCCGCCGGCCGCGCGGCGCGCGAUGGCCUCGGCCGCUUCCGGUCCUGGAUGGACUCGCCCAAAGGCCGCGGCGUCAUCAAGUGCACGGUCGCCUACACGAUUGCCAGCCUGUGGACAUUCUGGCCGCCGCUCUCGGACCUGCUCGGCCGGCUCGACGGCAAGCACCUCGUGGCCACCAUCACCGUCUACUUCCACCCCGCGCGCACCGCUGGCUCCAUGAUCGAGGCCACGGCUAUUGGCGUCGUGGCCGUUGCGUAUGCCGAGAUCAUCUCCAUCCUGUCCAUGGCCACGUCGGUGCUGUUCGGGUCGGUUCUCGGCUGGGUCACGUUUGCCUACUUGGUCGUGCUGGUCUUCUUCAUCUGCGUCGCCUUUGGCUUCAUCGGCUGGGUCAAGCAGCGCCUCAACAACCCGUCCGUCAACGUCGGCUGCACGCUGGCCUCGCUGGCCAUCAUUACCGUCGUCACCAAGGAGAACGCCACCUACAGCAGCGUCUUCUCCAAUGACAAGGUCGCGCAGGUGCUCAAGACGCUGGUCUUUGGCAUCAGCACCACGGCCGCCGUCAGUCUCCUCCUGUGGCGUGUGUCGGCGCGCGCGUUGCUGCGUGAGUCCUUUACGGAGGCGUCCAAGUCGCUCGGCGACAUGCUUGCGAUGAUUACGCACGGCUUCCUGAGCGGCGCCGAGGACGAGCUGACCGUAUCCGCCGAGUAUCGCACAGCGGUCAGCAACUGGACGACCGCCCACGCACAGAUGACCAAGAACCUGAAGGAGGCCAAGUACGAACAUUUUGCGGUCGGUCAUGCGAGCCUGUACCAGUUUGAGAAGCUUGUGUACAAGUCCAUGGAGACGCUGGCACUGUCCAUUGGCGGGCUGCGCAGCGCGGCCAACACACAGUUCGAACUGAUGCGCGAGUCGGCCGCUGCAACGGCAGCCGCCGCCGCAGGUGCGUCAACCGCCGGCUCCACAACGGCUACGCCAGGCACAGGCAUUCCCACGGGCUCGGCAGCGCCAGCGAUGUCUCUCGACCAGCUUCUCGGAUCGCCCCUCUCCGCCACUUUCUCGCCCUCUUCGUCGCCCUCUCUUGCUCUUGGCGCCGCAGCCUCGUCCUCCUCUGGCCCCUCCGCCGCCUCCUCUGCCUCCUCCUCUGCCAGGCCCCAGUUGUACCGCGCCAGUUCGAGUUUCCAGCGCAGCGGUCGCCUGGCCGUUCUGUCUGCCAUCGACGAGGCGUCGGACGAGAGCAGCGAGGACCGGCCGGAUGCGCCGCUCAUCACCCAGUACAGCGACAACGACACGGGUGGCUUGAUGAACACGCCUCUGAGCUCGCGCCCGGUCGCCGACCACAUGCCGCUGAUCGACAUUGGCGAUCGCGCCCCGUCCGUCCGCAGCGGCAAGUCGCGCCGCGACAGUACGGCUACGCUGCGCACGUCCUCGGAGAUUUUUGAGCUGUUCAUCGGCAUGCUUGGCCCCUCGGUGAAGUCGCUGGCCUUUACCCUGGCCACUGUGCUGCGCGACUCGCCGUUUGGCGGCCCGCCCCGGUUCGAGAUCUUCAUCAACGACCACUACCGGCAGAGCCUCACGGAUGCGCUUGCUCUGUUCAACACGGCCCGUGCCGACGCGCUCGAGGAGCUGUACAAGACGAUCGAGCUGGGCCGCCCGCGCUCCGAAAAAAUCAAGGCCGACUACGAAGAAGUCGCCGCCGCCUGUGGCCACUUCAGUUUCAGCCUGCAGGCGUUUGGCGAGGAGAUGACAAAAUACCUGGACGUCCUCGAUGACCUCAAGCUGAUUCACGACCACAACCGCCGCAGCUGGCGCUGGCUGCUCUUCUGGAAGGCCCCGCAGUUGCGCUAUCCCUCCGUGCUGCCCUUUGAAGCAGCCGUGCCCGACCGUGUUGGCGACACCGACGGCACGUACGACAGCCUCGCCAACAACACUGCGGCCUCCAACGGCAACGCGCGCGGUGUCGCGUCCGGCAGCAACAGCAACAACAACAACAGCAGCAACGGGGUCCGCCCGAUCCGCAAGUCGCAGCUCCCCCGCGGCAUCCCCGACGAGAUGAUCAAGCAGCGCGACACGUUCAGCUGGCAGGCGGCACCGCAGUCGAACAAGGUCGUCCGGCAGAUGGCCCAGAACGUGCUGCGCUUCUUCCGCGUGCUCACGCGCGACGACAUUCGCUUUGGCAUCAAGGUCGGUAUCGGCGCCAUGCUGUGGGCGUCCAUGGCCUUCAUCCCGCAGACCCGAGACAUGUACGUGCACUGGCGCGGCGAGUGGGGCCUGCUGUCGUUUAUGAUUGUCUGUUCCAUGACCGUGGGCGCAUCCAACACGACCGGCCUGGCGCGGUUCCUGGCCACGCUGGCCGGCUCUGCUUGUGCCGUCAUCAACUGGAACAUCAGCCGGGGCUACGCGCUGCCGCUCCUGAUCCUGGGCGGGGUCGUGGCCUUUUCGAGCUUCUUUGUCAUGAUCGACCGCGGCAAAGCGCCGCUGGGCCGCACGACGCUGCUGGCCUACAACGUCAUUUCGCUGUACGCGUACUCGCUCUCGCAGCGGGUCGACGACGACGACGACGACGAGGGCGGCAUCCACCCGUUCAUCAUGGACAUUGCCAAGCACCGGUUCCUGGCCGUGACGGCGGGCAUUCUGUGGGGCCUGGUCGUCUGUCGUGUCGUGUGGCCCAUCUCGGCGCGCCGCCGCUUCAAGGAGGGCGUCUCGGUCCUGUACCUGCAGAUGGGCCUCAUCUGGAAGCGCGGCCCGCUGGCCAUGCUGCUGCGCAGCGACUGCACGCGGUCGUACCUCAAGUCGGGCGAGCAGGCGGCGCUGCAGCGGUACGCGGGCCGCCUCGAAACGCUGCGGCAGGGCGCCGCGUCCGAGUUUGAGCUGCGCGGGCCGUUUCCGUUUGCGGCGGCCGGCCGCAUGAUGGCCGCCACCAACCGCGCCCUCGACGGCUUCUACGCCAUGAGCCUCGUGACGCAGCGCCGCGGCCGCCUCACCGAGGGCGAGCGCGCGCUGCUGUACUACACGGCGGCGGAGCGGGCCAUGCUCUGCGACCGCGUCUGCCAUGUCUUCCAGGUGCUGGCGAGCUCGUUUAUGCUCGAGUACCCGCUGACGGAUGCGCUGCCGGGCGUCGCCAUUGUGCGCGACCGGCUGCUGGCCAAGAUCUUCCAGUUCCGCAAAGAGCACGCCGCGGCCGUGAAGCAGCAGCAGCAGCAGGAGCAGUUUAACAGCCUCCUCGAAGAGGACGAAGACGGCUGCGACAACGAGAACGACAACGACAAAGACAACAACAACGAGGAGGCAGACAUUGCGCAGCAUGGUAGCCGCCGUGGUAGCGGCAUCGCAGGCGCAGCGGCGGCACCGCCACCACCCGAUGCGGCUGCGAUUGUCAACGUCGAGGAGCGCGACUAUGCGCUGCUGUACGCCUAUGCACUGGUGACGGGCCAGGUGGCCGAGGAGCUGCGCAACAUUGAAAAGGAGAUCGAGGGCCUCUUUGGCGUGCUCGACGAAGAGUCGACGCUGCUUCAGUAA